CAAGAUAACACCGGUGCUGGAAACGUGGUUUCUAAACUCCCGCGUAUUCAGCUAGUCUCUGGCGUCGCCGCGGUGGCGGAGAUGGGGACAGCGACGGCGACGGAUUGACGACGGCGUCGUCUGUCGAGUGCCACUUCCCUCCAAAAUUGGGGGAAAACGAGUCAUUCCUCAAUUCAUCUCAUCGUCGAUGGGUUGCCCUGAUACCAAAAAAGCAACUAUUCUCGUAGGGACAACUGUUUUUCAUCUCAUGGAAGAAGAGGCUUUGGACUUCUGACAGCAAUUUCCAUUGCACUUCCUCUGCAUUGGUCAGCAGAAAUGGGAGCUGCUAGUGAAUUGUCAAUAGUUCAAAGUGAAGUUAGGAAUGUUUUAUCAAAAGCAAAAGCUGCUGGUGUUCUUCGAAUGGCAUUCCAUGAUGCAGGGACAUUUGAUAUGGAUGAAAAUUCAGGUGGAAUGAAUGGUUCAAUAGUCCAUGAACUCGAGAGACCUGAAAAUGCUGGUCUCAAGAAACCCUUCAAGGUUUUAGAAAAAGCAAAGCGAGAGAUUGAAAAAAGCCAGCAAGUGUCUUGGGCGGACGUGAUUGCUGUGGCUGGUGCUGAAGCAGUUUCACUAUGUGGGGGUCCGUCAAUUCCAGUUCGACUGGGCCGGGAGGAUGCCAGGAUGCCUGAUCCCGAAGGAAAGCUUCCUGAAGAGUCAUUGGAUGCUUCUGGUUUGAAGAGAUGCUUCCUAAAGAAAGGCUUCUCCACACAAGAACUUGUUGCACUAUCUGGAGCACAUACACUUGGAAGCAAAGGCUUUGGAAAUCCUGUUGUGUUUGACAAUGCCUACUUCAAAAUACUUCUCGAGAAACCAUGGGCAUCAUCGGCUGGAAUGUCAAGUAUGAUAGGGCUGCCAUCAGAUCGUGCACUUGUGGAGGAUGAUGAGUGCUUAAGGUGGAUCAAAAUUUAUUCAGCUGAUCAAGUUCAAUUUUUUGAAGACUUCAAGAGUGCAUACUCUAAGCUCGUGGAUUCUGGUGCUGUAUGGAGAAGUGGCUAGGCGGAAAUAUCUUCUAAAGACCCAAAAAAGCUGGGGAAAAAGAGCGCAAAAAGGCUUUGAGAUUCUUUUGCCGUAGCCAUUUUGGAGCAACUCAAACUGUAAUUUCUCCAAAUUUGCCGAGUACGUGUAAUGGUUUGUAGGAGGUCAACGUGUGGGGGAAGCUAAAGAAGUUUACUUCAUCUCAGAGGGGAAUGGCUGAAACUACAUAUGUUUUCUCGAGUUUGUUUGAUGAUUUUACGAGUAAAAGUAGCUGGAACGGUCAGACUCUUUCUGUUACAAGAAGUUCACAGUAUAUAUCAAGACAUACAAAGAGUCUUAGUGAAAUAUGCUUAUAGUUUUGUGCAGUUGCUUAGCUCAUCAAAAUAUGCUUGUAGUUUGUCUGAACUAUACGGAUAUAGAUUGUUUUAUGCUGCGAAUUUUAUCUUAAAAUCAUCACAUGCGUGCUAUUUGUAAUCUACUCAACUUUUAUAGCGCUAUGAGAAAUAGGAAGCGUCUGUAACGGGGAAAACUUUUUACGUCGAUGGAAGAUUCGCAUC